AUUACAGUAUCGGUAGCAACGUACUAUGAUCUAAUUAGUACUGCCAUUGUACUUGGAGAGAGGAACUGCAUGGGCUCUUUGUAGCGGUUCAGUCUUGUGCGUAAAGUGGAAGAAAACUUUUGGCCUACUUUCAGUAUCAACUAUUUUUUUCGGAAAACAAAUAAAAGGGGGAAAGUGAAGCAUGGCGACAGAAUCUUGGGAGGGCUGCAAUUUUUACUCCUGCUGUGGACAGUUGUACUUGGAGCGGCUGCUUUUGAGAGAAAAGUGCAGAAGAAAACAAUUGUUCUUUGAGGAGUGGUUCCUGUGUGGUGCGGUUCCAGUUGAUUUUUUUUUUGGUUCCGCCAGUAUGGUGAAACGGGCUGAAAUCUGGACGAGUGAAUUGCACCGAUUUCUGAUUUCUCCAAAGUUCUGUGCUUACGAGGCUCCAAGUCCAACUUCAGGAGUUUCAUACCUUGCAACAAAAUGUGUGGAUGUAAAGAAGCAUCAUCAAAAAUCAAAGUGGUUCAUGCCGUGGGGUCCCAACCAGUGUGAAAAGAAAAUCCAGAAGUUUUCUGAAGCUAUGCAGCAACAGAUUGGAGCCAAUGAUAUCGUGUUUGCAAUCCAUGUUCCACACCAAAGUCUUGAGAUGAGUUCCUGGUUUCAGUUUCUGCUGGUUGUUCUGCAGUUUGAGAUCGAAUUUCAAAUCGGCAAUGAGAUUAGCGAGGGAGCUGUGGUGACACUGGAUGUUUCGCUUGGCUAUCGUGAUGACCGCUUUAGUGAAUGGACAGAGAUGGCCCAUUCAUUUGAGAGCCGGAAACUGAAUUGUAACUUCUCAUCUCCAAAGCAUCAUGACAGUCAGGGUCAACUGUAUGAUUGUGAUCUGCUUCCCUUCAUGGAGUUGGGGAGUGUGGCACACAAAUAUUACUUGAUUAACAUUCGACUUCCUGUCAAUGAGAAGAAGAAUAUCAACAUGAAAAUUGGAAAGCACAAGGAUCUCAGGCUGGUGGGAAUCCAUCAGAAUGGGGGAUUCACAAGGGUCUGGUUUGCAAUGAAGACCUUCCUGACUCCAAGUAUUCUUAUCAUUAUGAUCUGGUAUUGGAGACGUAUAACAAUGAUGACUCGGCCCCCUGUUCUUUUAGAGAAAGUAAUCUUUGCACUUGGAAUCUCAAUGACCUUUAUAAAUAUCCCAGUGGAAUGGUUUUCCAUUGGAUUUGACUGGACAUGGAUGCUGCUGUUUGGUGACAUUCGACAGGGGAUCUUCUAUGCAAUGUUGCUGUCAUUUUGGAUUAUCUUCUGUGGGGAGCACCUUAUGGAUCAGAAUGAGCGGAAUCGACUGUCUGUUUACCUGAAGCAAAUUGUGCCGAUUGGUUUUGGUUCCUUCUGCCUCUUCAUUUUUGACCUUUGUGAGAGGGGUGUACAACUGACCAACCCAUUCUACAGUAUUUGGGCCACUGAUGUUGGUACCGAAUUGGCUAUGGCCUUCAUUAUAGUCGCAGGGAUCUGCGCUUGUCUGUAUUUCUUUUUUUUGUGUUUCAUGGUGUUCCAGGUCUUCCGAAAUAUAAGCGGCAAACGAUGUUCACUCCCAGCCAUGUCCAAAGCAAGGAGACUACACUAUGAGGGCCUAAUCUUUCGUUUCAAAUUCUUGAUGCUUGUCACAUUGACAUGUGCUGCCAUGACUAUUGUGUUUUUCAUUAUUAGCCAGGUAAAUGAGGGACACUGGAAGUGGGGUGAAUACAUUGUCCAAGUAAACAGUGCAUUCUUCACUGGCAUUUAUGGCAUGUGGAACCUUUACGUCGUUGCGAUCAUGUUUCUGUAUGCUCCAUCCCACAAGUGUUACAGUGAUGCUGAUCAGUCAAAUGGUGAUCUUGGAGUAAGUGGUGGUGAGGAGCUGCAGUUGACCACCACAAUUACCCAUGCUGAUGGACCAACUGAAAUCUACAGAUUGGCUGGCAAGGAAGCACAAGAAUAAUUAUUGGAAAGGAAUUGAGGAAAUCCGAUCCCAGCAACACAAGUCAAAUGAGGCUUUCCUGUCGAAUGGGAAAGCUGUAUUACACUGCUCAUUGUGUGGACAUUCUGUGAUAGGUACUUAUGUCACAUUUCUGUUGCUGGAGGGAUCUCCUUCCAAUAAUGUUACCACAACUUGUGAUGUCUGUGGAAGAUUCUAGAGUUGGCUUUCAUAAAAUGAGAUUUUUAAGUCUGAAAGAAUCCAUAUGCACAUUUUACUUGUCAAAGCAAAUCAUUGUCACUGUAGUUUAUAUCUCACUGACAUUACUUUCGGUAAGUAUAUAAAAUAUUGUAGCAUUGCUGCUCUCUGUAGGCAACCACUUCCAGUGCUCAAGGGAUUGGUCCUAAGUGAGUGUGCAAGAAGGAAAGAAAGAACUCACAUUUAACAAUGCCUUAUCAAGUCUCCCGAUGCCCCAAAGCACUUUGCAUGUAACAAAUUACAUGGAGGUAAUGGAUUUAGUUCCAAUCUUAUAAGGAAGGGCAUUAGUGCAGAUGUAACUCCUGAUAGACAUCAAUAUUAUUUUCAGUACACUCGCCUCUGCAUACACUACAAAAGCAUUGUUAAAACUCUGAUUUUUUGCAUACACAAACAGUUGCUUUUGGUGAUAUUAAAUACAUAUUAUUUUGAAAGAGGAAGCAAAACCUAAAGGAGGUUGAAUGUGGAGCUUAAUUUGUUGAAAUUGUUCUUGCCAGUAAAUACACAUGCUAGUUUAUGCUAUAUACAAAUAGCCAGAAGACUUGUGUAAUUGUAAACCAGCAUUGUUCAUUUUGCAAAUUCCAUGUUGCACUUUUCAUCCAUAGUCCACUUGGUGUUCAUAUUGUACCCUGGGCUUCCAUUCACAACUGUCAGAUGUUGUCAAAGUUGACAUUCUAUGUGACUCCCUUUCUGUCCAGUAAAAGGAAGUAAAAUAAUGCUUUAGACAGCAGAGUAAUUCAACAAUUACAUGAUCAAUCUGGAAUUUUGAGGAAAGUGUCAGACCUUCAUUCAAAUCAAAUACAGAUUAUGAGGAAUUGGAGGUGCAACCCACCAUGUUAAGUGUCUCACUUGAGCAAAACACUGGGUAUAUGACCCCACACCCAAAAACAUUAAUGAAUUUAUUAUACAGGAUGCCUUGUUCUGUAUCUCUUUCCCCCCUGUUUUUCCUUCCUUCCUUUACUAAAGAUGCUGGGUCCAUUACCUCUCAGCAACCCUUGGUACUUCAUCUGUGUUCUGCUCUGAAUAGAUUUUGGCUGACCAUUAAGCAACCAAACAAAGGUACAGCAACAAUCUGAUCAUAUCAACAAAUAUAUGGAUACAGAUCAGGAAUGUAACAAAGAUCUUUUUAAGAUUUUCCCUCCUCUUAGCCCAGGCUACCAUGAUCAAUGGAGACAUGGAAGCCAAUGAUAUAGCUGAGAUUAACAGAAGGGAAAAUGCUAAUAUUGUAUGUCCUUUUCGUUCAGUAUUACCAUAUCAUUAAUUACCCAACUGUGCCUGAUGCUUUUAAAGUGUUUCUCAUCUUGUUCCCAAAAAGGAAAAAAUCUUAUGUCAAGUGAAUAGAUGUAAAUUAGGACUUGAUAUCAACAAAUGUGAACAAAGAUGUCAGUCAACUAAUCAAACUUAGAUGUUGCAAAAUGUAGUGGAGCCAGUGGGGUGUACAAGGUUAAAAAUCACACAACACCAGGUUACAGUCCAAUAGGUUUAUUUGGAAG